AACUUAAAAGAACGAUUUUAAUAUUUUAUUUUAAAUUAAAAUCUGGACCUGGAUUUUUAAUUAGAUAUGGGCCGUGCUCUGUGAAAAGGCGGUUUAAUGCAUGUGUGGUCCACACAGGCUAAUCAGACACGACACUUUUCGUUUACAGAAAGCCUCUUAGCAAAAAUCCAGUUUAGACGGAAAGUGUCGUCCCUGAAUAGCCUGUGUGGACUGCACAGGCUUAUCUGGGACGACACUAUACGCACAUGCAUUAAACACCGUUUUCACAGAGCAUUGAUUGUUAUGUAUUAAGCAAUAAGAAUUGAAAGCGUUGGUGAUUUAUUUAGGUUAUGCUUGGUAGCGAUUAUGCAUUUAUGUCCACGUAUUAUCCGCAUUUUGUUUUGAAUUCAUAUGCAAGGCAUGUUUUGAAUUCAUAUACAAGGAACGCAUGCAUGGGCUCUAUAUUGUGUAUGCAUGAAGAAAUAAAUACCUAAGUAAACGCAGACUGCCCAAGUUGUCGCCGUUUAUCAAUUGUUCACCUUGAAUAAGCUCUUCUUCACAACCUAUGGAACAUAUGGCUGCGCGAACUGACGAGUGACUUACGGCUCUCUGACAUGCCUCACAUGUCCUUUCAUAGACGCUUGUUACCGUAGAUCAUAGCCGGCACGGGCUGCAUCCUGAAGAUCAAAGCAGGGAAAGCGGCAAUCUGACAGAAUGAACGGCUGCCACCGACUGAGUCCUCCCAAGAGCGACUAUAUCAAAUGCACGGUGGUCGGUGACGGCGGCGUCGGCAAGACGUGCAUGCUGGUCAGCUACGCCACCAACAAGUUCCCUUCCGAGUAUGUGCCCACCGUCUUCGAUAACUAUGCAGUAAGCCUGUCUGUUUGCAAUAAGCCAAUGAUUCUCGGACUAUUUGACACAGCAGGACAGGAGGACUACGAUCGUCUGCGCGUGCUGGCCUACCCGGAUACAGACGUGUUUGUCGUCUGCUUCUCCGUCAUGAGUCCAGCGUCUUUCGAAAACGUGGAGGAGAAGUGGGGGCCGGAAGUUCACCACUACGGCGAGCAGACGCCGUUCAUCCUCGUGGGUACGCAGGUCGAUCUCAGAGACAAUUACUUUGAGCUACAACGUCUGCAAAAGAACCGACAGAAACCGGUCAGUUACGAGAUGGGGCUGCGUCUGGCGAACCGCGUGGGCGCGAACUGUUACGUAGAGUGCUCCGCGCUCACUCAGAAAGGGCUUAAGGCCGUGUUCGAUAAUGCAAUUCUAGCUGUGAUAAAUCCGCAACCCGGGUCGCGAAGGACGCGGAAGAAAACAACGUACCUGUGCAGGAUUUUAUGAGGAACCACUGUAUUUGUGUUAAUACUAAGAGCGGCCGUUGUAUUUUUGCUCACCUGAGCACGCAGUAUUUAUCUUGAUAUCGUGUGAAUGUAUUUUCCCGUCGCUCGUGUGUGAGCUAACAGUUUCAUUCAAACAACAUUUAUAACGGCUCAUAUGAAACUUUCACAUGAAUGAUCAUUCGUUCAGUCUCUUUCAGACUUACCAAAAUUGUGUCGGUUUGCUGUGUUCUGAAACAAUCAGAGCUACAAACUAUGUUAAAAUUGAACACACUAGCUUAUAAGCGCGAGCAAUAGGUCCUAAUAUUUGACAUCUGAUGCCAAUUCGUGGACCUCUCCUGGGUGUUCACAAAUUACCGCCAUUUGAUUUAAGACUGGCUACGCCCAAGUAAAAUAUUCUUCAUAAAGACUUAAAUAAAUAGCACAGCAACGUAUAAAUACGGAUUCGCAAGACCAAGUUUUGAAUAUCAUGGUGAGCUCUAUGGCCGUCGCAGGGACCAUCUUGUUAAUGAGUGUAAUAAUUGUUAUUAUUUAUAAUUUAUAAGUGCAAUACAUAUUUCGACUACAACUGAUGAAAUCGACGUAGCAAAUGAAAAUGCAGACAUUCGUCGCUUUAGUCGUAAUAUCAAUUUGUUGUAGAGUUACUGUUGUCAUGUUUGACAAACUAUUUUUAAAAAGUCGGAAGUUACUUACAUAUUAUUUACAGUAUUUCGCGUUUUAAAUGAAAAUAACUUUUUAUUGUUUUAAACAUCUUUAAUUAUGUUAAUAUUUAUAUGCGAUGUUGGUGGUGAUGCACCUACAGGGCACAUUCGCUUCGUUAAUAACUGGAAAGUGGUAGAUUUCAUAUCGAACUAACAUUAGCGACAACUGUUUGCGUCUUACCGGUUUAUAGUAUAUUUCCAAGUCUAGUUAUCUUUCUUGUAUACGCAACUGUUGAGUAUUGGACGUAUUAUACGACAUAUUUAAAAUGACACUUAUUAUUUGUCGCCAAUCAUUCGACAUUGUCCGCAAGGAAAACAAGGAAAAACGAGGAAGUCAACAAUAACAAGACUUAUCGUUUGAAAAGAUACGGCGUUGUACUUGCUUUGUGUUGGUGAUUGCCUUUUUAUAAGAGACAAAAAGGUUUCACUCUAAACACUCAGUUUACACUAUUGCAAAACGCAAUGCGGCACCGUUUACUUGUUGCCCACGCAGAAAUAUAAGUUAUUUGGUUUAAGUACAACUACACAAAAGGUCCUGGAUUCAAUCCCUGUUCCUGGGAACAAGUGAGUUUGGUUGGUAGUCACUAAACCGUUUAGGUGGGUUUUUCGCUGGGUUCUCCGGCUUCAUCCCCGCCCUCUCAAAGUAAGACAACACCAAAAAUGGAAAUCUUUUAGUUAUAACUUAAUUGCUGACAAUUGCAGUCAUAAUUAAAACUUCGUCACAACUUUCGUUAGUCUAGAAAGUUAAAUUUAUAGGAGUGCUGGGACAAAUUCAGGGUCCAUACGUAAUGCAUCACCAUGACCUAAUAAACUUCGAAAACACAUCAAUUAUCGCCACAAAUUGUUUGAAUACAAAACCCUGGGUAAACCAAAACGAAAUAAAAUUGCACAAUUUGA